AUGGUGGCAGGGUCAGCAGGUGUCGGGCAUGCCAGCAGGCCGGGUGCUAAGGUGGGCUCCUUGUCCAACACACCUGGGUGUUGGACCUGGUGGCUGUUCCUCUGCUGUUGGAGGCCUCUGGACGUGCAGAUAAAAUCACAGCACCAGACAAUGCUGGGGCUGUGUCUGUGGGCGCUGUGCCCCGGCCCGGCCCCCGCCUGCAGCCCGCGCUGCCGGCACGGCGGGCUUUGCCUCGCCGACGGCUCCUGCCUCUGCUCCAAGGGCUACGAGGGCGAGCGCUGCCAGCACGCUACAUGUUACCCAAAAUGCAAAAAUGGGGGAGAGUGCCUGCGACCUGGAAAAUGCAGAUGUCCUCCUGGCUAUGGGGGGAGAUACUGUCAUAAAGUAAGCUGUGAAGGAGGCUGUCAGAAUGGUGGGGAAUGCAUCUCUGUCAAUGGAGUCGUGAAGUGCCUCUGUGCUUCUGGCUGGACAGGAUCAAGAUGCCAGGAAGCAAUUUGUCCUCAAGGUUGUCGGAAUAAUGGAGCUUGUGUGGCUCCUGGGAUUUGUAGCUGUCCAGCUGGAUGGGUCGGUAGAGCAUGUCACUUAGCUGUGUGCAAACUGCCCUGCCAGCACGGAGGGAAAUGCAUCGCUCCAAAUGUGUGUAGAUGUCAACUGCCAUACUCUGGGCCACAGUGUACAAAGAAAAGGAAGGAAUGAAGCAACUUCAGACAAGAUAGUCUGCAUUUCUGCAUUUUUAAAUGUGACUAUACAGAGAGGAAGUCUGCAGCAGUGGGGGACCUUAAAAUAAACAUGGUAACUUGAUUUCAGACAAAUUUUUGUCCUCACUAUAUUAAGUACAUGCUUUUCUAUAUGAAAGAAGGUAUUGCUGAUUGUAAGAAAGUUGUUACAAAUAUCCAGCUGUGUGCAGUGUAUGACACCUUUUCUCCACAUUUUUUCUUUAUAAGCAAAAGUAUUAUUCUUGAUUGAUACAGCUGACCUUGAAAUAAA